AUGAGCUGUGAUCAGGAACUGCCUUUGAUGAUCCGCAUGCAGGACCCGGCGAAGCGAUCAAUUUGCCUGUUUGCAGGCGUUCAGGCUUUGGUGUGGCUUUGUGGCCGACAUGAAGCUUUGGCUUGUGGACAAGAAUUCUUCCUGGAUUCCGAUGAGCUUAUCAUGCAAUUGUGGUCUUUGAAAAAUGCCACUGAGUGGACACCAGCUGGCAAGGCCAUUCGCUUCGUGGGACUCAGUACUGUUCGGGCGGCCCAGAUGGGACGAGGACAGGCCUUGGCCAACGCCCAUGACAUCGCCGACUGGCUGGGCAUUGGCAUUGUGGGGCUCUACAACUUCAAGCCCUCUGUGAGGCGUGUCCUUGCUCAAGAAACCGCCUUGGGCCGACAGGAAGGAGAGUGGAAGCGCGACCCUAAAGACAUGGAUGUUUCUCAGCUCAAGCACUUACCACCUGGAAAGCUGAGUCAUUAUUACCAGCUCCUGCGAGCGAUGCAUCCCGAAAGCCAGGUGUCGAAGAAGUUGUUUGCCGACGUGUGGCAAAGGGACUUUAUGCAGAAAUUGAGAAUCCGCAGUACAACUCACCAUGCCAAAUGCAGCCUUUGCAUUCGCCACCGCAUGAUCAUAAAGGGCGUUCCGCCCGGGCCAGCUCGCAAAGAGCAAUUAUUGGAGUAUCGGUACCGCGCGGAAAGCCGACUGCAAGCUUCUGGCCCACCCAGUGAAGUCAAUUUGGUGUCUUGCAUCAUAGAUUCCUUUGACCAGUCCCAGGCGAAGACCUAUCUUUGGGAAGGUGAACAUAUUUACCUACAUUUGCUUACCUUUGGUGUUCAAGGCUUACAUGGAGUCUUGGAGAAAGACUCACCUGGCGCCCUCGCGAGGCCCGUGCCAAUGACUGCGCACAUCCAGGGCUAUCCAGAGAAACAUUUUGUAGCUCGUAUGGCUCAGAUGAACAAGCCCUGCUUCCAUGCCAUCAAGAACCAUGCAGUGAAGCAUGCGGGGGCACCAAGGAAAGUGAGCCAUCCGGUGGACGCCUCAGGGCUCGAUGCUAAGGAUGGCAUCAAACCCACCUUGAUCUUUGUCUCAUCUAGGUCGGCGGACCCCGACGAAGACCCCAAGCAGUUCUGCAAAUUGGAAGCCCAUGAGCUGGAGUGCGCCGUAGUCCAGCGAGAUCUGGGAGAAGAUGGGGAGAAGAUCAGGAGGGUGCAAGGGUUCAUGGGGUCAAAGGAGCUUCUACUGGGUUGCACCUGGCCAGGCUUCAGUCUUUUCGGUUCGACACCGGUUCGGUCCGUGGACGACCGUACCGAGGGGAGCUUCUUCUUCGAAACCACAUCCUCACGGGGCGAACACUGCUUUUGGCCGCGAACACUGCCAGUGCCGGGUGCCGCCAUGGGUGCCUUUCCCAGUGGCGAAGCGUUGUUGUCUGAGGCGCAUGAGGAGCACGAGGCUCACGAGGCUCAUGGGAAGUUCCGCCAGGCAGCCAGGACUUUCCAAGAGCAGAAUGCUGGGAAUUCCAAGGCCUAUGUCCAGAUCGUCUGCUGUACUGGGCUCUUGCUGGGCAUCUUGAGCUACUUCAUCCAGUCGGCCGCCCUGGCUCUCGGACAUCUGCGCGGGUUACUUGGAGGUGGGGAGGUCCUGUGGGUCGCUGCGACCUUCAAUGCGUCGCUCUUGGUCUUGGCGCGCCUGGUGGUGCGCCGCAACGCCGCGGCACAGGGGAGUGGAUAUCCUCAGAUGAAGGCCAUGUUCUUUGGCAACACCAAGCUGAGCGACCAUCCCUUGUCCAAGGGCCAAGAGAACGUGGAGUUCCUCUCCUCGGAGACAUUGGCACUGAAAGCCAUCGGCCUUUCACUGGUGGUGGCCGCUCAAGUGCCCAUUGGCCAGGAAGGUCCUAAUGUCCAUAUGGCCGCCUGCAUCUCACGACUGGUGCGGCCAAAGUUCUUUGAGAGGAAUCUGAACUGUGAGUUGGUCGUCCAAAUCCUACACGCCGCCUGUGCUGCGGGCGUAGCCGCCACCUUCUCUUCCCUGAUGGGCGGUGUGCUGUUGUCCUUGGAGUUGAUGCUCCCGCAGAUCUAUACCUUCCAAGUCUACUGGGGCUGUUUCCUGGGCGCCAUUUGCGGUGCAGUCACGGUGAUUCUGAUUCAUGAUGGCUUCCAAUCUUCUCACUUGCUCUCUACCAACGUUCUGCCCUUGGAAGGUGUGCCUGUGCACUAUCCAUUGGCCUGCUGCUUGGGUUACAUGGCCAUUGGCGUGGUCUUCGGGCUUUUGGGAGGGCUCUUCAACCUGGCGCACGACCAGACGAUCCGCAGCUGCGGACGUCUUUGGAGGAGCAGCAAAGACCGAUGGCAAUGGCGGGAUUUGCUUUUUGUAGCUGUGGUGGGGGCGCUGAAUGUGGUCUUGCUUUGGAAGAUCCCCUUGCUGAAGGGAAGGUCGCAGCCUGAACUGCUGAACAGCCUUUUCAGCAAGGAAUUCUUCAGCGGCCACGAAGUGAAGAGCGCUGAUGUUCAGAUGCUCAUGGUGGCACUUGUGGCUAAGGUGGUCACCAGCCUGCUGGCUUUGUCCUUGCCGACGCCGACCGGUGUGGUCGCGCCCGCGCUGUUGCUGGGGGCUUUGUUGAUGCGAUGCUUCACCAGCCUACUUCCUGAGCGGUUCUUCGCACCGCUCUUGGGUAGCGACUCCCCCAAUGACUUAGAUGCCUUCGAGGCGCGCUUGGCCAUUCUUGGGGCUUCGGCCUUCAGCUGCGGCGUGGUGCGUGCCUAUGGCGUGGCAAUCACCAUCUAUGAGGCCUUGUCGUUGAACCAGAUGGUGGUGCCCUUGAGCCUCAGCAGCUUGACGGCCGUCUUCGUGGCAGACUACAUCUCUUUGCCUUUCUUCGAUACCGCCUUGGUCCGCAAGGGUUGGCAUGGUGUCAGCAAGCUCACCUGUACCGCCCACGGAGAGGAGCCAGCCUUUGUGGUCAUGGAGCAUGCAUCCGACUUUCCAAUCCUGCCCAACACUGCCAGGCUGUCAGAUCUUCAACGGGCGCUGGACGCGCAACCGCUGCAGUUCCACUUCCCCAUCGUCGAGGAGGUACCCAACUCUCAUGGCCGCCCACGGCUGCUGGGCGCGCUGAGCCGCGCCGCGGCGGAGGAGGCGCAGCGACGCCUCGUGCAGGAGCCGAGCGCUGGGGGCGCCGGUAGCGCCCGGUCGGUGGAACUCAUGCGCCUGAGGUGGCCGGACGUGCCCUACGAGCCCUUGAGUGAGCUGCCGCUCACGGUGGACCCGCUGUUCACGGUGCAGGAGCUCUACAUCACGCUCAAGGUGGCCCGGAAAGAGGUGGCCUACAUCACCGGUCACGGUGUCCUGCUGGGCCGCGUGGGCUUCAAGGAGAUCAUUGGCGAAGGGAUGCCAAUCACCAAAGGGAUCGGAGCCUUUCAUGACAAGGAGGCCUUUAAGAUGAUCUACGAGCCCAACAGCCCGAGCAAACACGAGAUUUGGGCAGAAUCCAAGCUGAAAGUUGUCGCUGUCGAGCUGACUCUUCUGCGGGAGACAGACCUUGGAGACUUGCGGCCAGCUUCUUCAGAUUCAGUAGAGGCCAAUGACCGGUUGAAGAAGUUUGAUCCAGCCACCGAAGGUACGCCACCCGCCGUGUCCGGGGCACUUGGACAGUCGUGCGCGACGUCGUUAUUCGUUCGCUUUUGGACUGGUUCCGUGCUGUGUUUCCGUUCGGUGCCUGGUCCACUGGUGGGAGAGGUGAGGUGGGUUUCAGCUGAGGUCACGGACCAAAGUUUGAAGCACACCUUGGAAUUUGGCAUCGGGAUCCACCAUGCCGGUUUGCCCGAAAGGGAUCGGAAGGUGGUGGAGGAACUCUUUGUCGAGUCAAAGAUUAUGGUGUUGAUUUCCACGUCCACGUUGGCCUGGGGUGUCAACUUCCCGGCUCACCUGGUCAUCAUCAAGGGCACAGAGUACUAUGAUGGGCAGUUGAAGAGAUAUGUGGACUUCCCCAUCACCGACGUGCUGCAGAUGAUGGGCCGUGCCGGGCGACCGCAGUUCGAUACCGAGGCACGGGCAGUGGUCAUGGUUCAUGAGCCAAAGAAGAACUUCUACCGCAGCUUCAUGUACGAGCCCUUCCCGGUGGAAUCAUCACUCCAUGAGCAGCUCACCGAUCAUCUGAAUGCCGAGAUUGUGGCCAAGACCAUCAGGACACGGGAGGAGGCGAUUGACUAUGUGACCUGGACCUACUUCUUCCGACGGCUCACAGCAAACCCUGCCUACUAUGACCAGCAGGCCGCUUUGUUGGAGACACCGGACUUUGAGAAGCAGAAGGAUAUGUUAGCCAACUACAUCGAGCGAUUGAUGAACAAAUGCCUCGACGAGUUGAUCCGCUCCGGUUGCAUUGAGCUGAAAGAAGCUCCUCAAGGCCAGAGCGCCUUGGUCGAGCCGACGAAGAUCGGCCGCAUCGCCUCGUUGUACUACUUGAGCCACCGCACGGUGGCACAGUUCCAGCGGACCUUGGCGCGGGAGGGGAUGAGCUUUGUGGAGAUCAUGCGAGUGCUUUGCGAGUGCCCGGAGUAUGACGAGUUGCCCGUGCGGCACAACGAGGACAAGCUCAACGCGGAGUUCGCAGAGCAUUGUCCGUUGGAGGUGGACCUGGCGAUCCAAGCUUAUGAUAGUCCACACACCAAGGCCUUCCUCCUGCUACAGGCGCACAUGUGGGGCAUCGCUCUUCCCAUCAACGACUACAAGACUGAUUUGAAGACGGUGUUGGAUCGAUCCAUUCCUCUCAUCAUGGCCAUGGUGGACAUCGCUGCGGAGGAGGCUCAACUCCGGUCCACCUUGAACCUGAUCUUAUUGCUGCAGUGCUUGCACCAGGCUCAUCAGCCCUGGCGCAGCUCGUUGGCCACACUUCCUCACUUGUCGGACAAGGCUCUCCGAAUUCUGCGCGACUUUGGAGUGGACAGCUUGCCUGAGCUGAUUGAGCGAAGAGAUGCCUCCAAGAUCCUCACGAAGCUCUCGCUGCCCAGCGCCGACGCGCACAAGGAGCUUCUGCAGAUUGUACAGGACAUGCCAAGGCUGCGCGUGCGGGUGGAAUUACGAAUCCUAGAUCCCGAGGACGGACCGUCUCAGACGGCCAAACACGCCGGCGACGCCGAGGAAAAGGAGGCUCCCACUGAAGCGGAGGAGGGAAAGGUGAAGCGCCGCAAGGGGAAGUUGGUGCCCUCCCCCUACAAGGUGCCACCGGACCGUGAACUGGAACUCACCGUCGUGCUGUGCUACGACAACGAGCCCAUGAGGUUCGUUCACGCGCCGAGGUUUCCCAAGAAGAAGACCUACUCCUGGUGGUGCAUCCUGGGCGAUACUGAGGCGAUCCUUGAUGCGGUUAUUUGUUGA